AGUGAACACAUUUGAAAGAAUCACAAUGCAUCCUAAGGCCAAACAUGUGAAGAGGAAGAAAUUACCCCUUUCAUGUGUACCCAAAAUAAGGAGAUUUAAAAUGGAUCUUGAAGAGCAAAGAAUAAAGAAGCAUGAAAGUAGUCGGGAAAACAUAAUGCUUCUGAGAGAAACAUGUUCUGUCAUCACUUCUUUAGAUGUCUUUAAAUUAGACAUAUCAGAAAAAGUUGAAAUAGAAACAAUUCAAAGCCAUGUAUCAUACCCUGCACUGCAAAAAUCACUGCCUGUAGGGCAAGUAGAAUCUACAAAGACCAUUGCUAACAAUUUAAGAAAGAGAAAACUACAUCCACCUUGGGAAGAGGAAGUACAAACCUCAGGCACUGAUAACUUGACAAACCCCAGCGGCCCAAUUUCCAUGACAAAGAUAUCUGCAUCCCCUCGAGUGUCCAGUGUCAAGAAACCGAGAACCCUGAGCAAGAAAGGAACUCAUCACUUGAACAGUAAUGAAAAAACAGGACUGAAACAAGAAAGAGCAAGACACCAUAAUGUAGUUGCAACAAAAUGUGAUGAUUCUAUAUCACCGCUUACAACAGGGCAAACAGCAUCCACAAAUCAAAUUUCUACAUGUUCAAAAAGGAGGAAAAUUCUUCUCCCAGUAGAGGAAGAAGUACAAACCCCAACCACAGAUUCAACAAACUCUAAGGGCAUAGUUUUAAAGAGAAAGAUGUCUGCACUUAUUCAUGUGUUCAGCCUCAGCAAACACAGUACUCCAAGAAAGAGGAAGACUGACCAUGUGAAAAUAAAAAAAAAGAUAAGACAGAAACAGGAAAAAGCAAAAAAGUUUAAUGUCUUUGUAAAGACUGAUUCUUCUAUGCCCUGUAGAGUGAAUAAAGGGAAAGAUAUACUGAGAAAUAUACAAUUUUCUUUUCCACCAUCAAAGGUUAAAAAGGUAUCAGACUCAGUCAAAAUAUCAUUCAUAAAAGCAUCAGGUUAUGUAUUAAAAAAUUCAUACAUGAAAACAUCAGGUUAUGUGUUAAGACAUGUAAAAGAACCAAUGGAGGAAGAAGGAAAGCAUAGACUCAGAAAAUACGUGAAAGAUGAAAAGAUCCCCGAAUCAAUAGAUCAGAAGGUAAAGAAACUACCACAAUCAUAUACAAUCAGUAUUAAAGAGUUGCAGAGCAAAACCCAGGGAGAAAAGCUUUUGGAUCUGGCAAGUACAACUGUAAAAUUGUCCACCACACAAUUGCAACUCGAGAAAUUUUCAGGUUCACAGAUACCUGAUGGAAAAGUUUACAGUGAAAUUAAAUUACUGAAAGAACAUGUGCCACAGAAAGAAAACGUAGGUAUAAAAAAGAAUGUGGGUAUAAACAGUAUUAUAGCACAUCCCAAGAAUAAACAUUUGAAGACAAAGAGAUCAAUUCUUUUACCUACGCAAAAUUUGAGUGACUUUCAGUGGAAAACUAGAAAGCAGGGAGGAAAGGUCAAAGCACAUAGAAGUGAUCCACGAAAAACAUUAACUAAGAAGUUGACUAAGAAAUCCACUGCUACAUCUCCCCAGCCUGUUAUUGUGAAUACAAGAAUCAAGGAAGAAUGUGCAUCCAUGUUAACAUUACCUUCUGUUUCAAUGGGAUACUUACAGAAAUCAACAGAUUCUGAAGAAGGCAUUUCCAUUCAGUCCAUUACAGGAUAUUCUUCAAUUAGUCUACACAGUGAAAAACAACACAGGUCAGAGGAAAAGGAAGAAGCUGGGAUGCAAAUAGCAAAGCUUUCAACUCGUAAACAUCAACAAACAGAGGAGCAGAAACUUAAAGAUGAGCAAGACUUGGUUUCGACUAAAUCUCCUUUAUUACUAGAUUUGCCUCAUCCCCAAUUGGACAAGAAAAAACAAUUCAGUAACAUAAAACUAAGACUUAAAAAUCCUGCUUUGCGAUGUAUGCCAACUGAAGGAGAAACAGUACCUAGAGAGGUACAUAUCAGUAUUGGUGAUACCACGAAAGAUGUUAAAAAGCAUGGUAUACCUCAGAGAGAAGAUACAUAUAGAAAAGAAAAAAUAGAAAUAAUAGACAGGAGAGGCACAGAUAUAACUUUGAAAUCACGGAAAUCACUUCUGUCCCAGAAGCUCCACAGAACAGAACUUCACAUGCACAUUAAGGCCCCCAAACCAAAGAAGCAUGAUGACAACAGCGAAUCUCGAGUUUUGAGGAAAAUGUACACUUCCAAAGCUUCUCUAACCAGUGUCACGAGGUGUAAAAGUGUACAAGUAGUUGAAGUAAAUCAUCUUCUAGUUGGUUUAGAAAGCAAACCAUCUUCUCCACUCCCACAAAUUGUUCGAGCUUUAUCAGAUACAGAAAAAGAGGACAUGUGUACUAAUGUCAGAAAAGGAAAACAGUAUUCAAAACCAAUAGAAAAAACUGUAGACUUGACAACUGAGGUGCCUUGCAAAGAGGCAAAGGUCUCACCAAUUUCAUAUCUUCUUAAUAAAAACAAAUUUGUCAUUAAUAUGAAGGUUCUGGAGAAAAAAGUACACAAAAAUAAAAGUGAACUCACUGUGGUUGCAUCACGGACUUUCUUGUCCAUACCAUCAGCAGAUUCCAGAUAUUCACAGGACAGAACACAGAAAGGCACAGCAGGAUUUACAAAAUCCCCUCAUCUACAACAAAAUUUCCAAGAACCAGCAGAAGUCCAGGACACAACAACAAGACAGUUAACAAAGGUAUCUGAUGGUAAGUGUAUUGUUAAGGCAACACAACACAAUGUGCCACUGAAACAAAACAGGCCACAGAAGUCAAAGUGUGUGACCAGUGCCUUGCGAAUAAGUCAACAUCCACAUAUUGAAUCUAAACGAAAGCCAACCUUCCCACAUCAUCAAAUUGAUUUAACAUGGUUAGGUGCCAUAAUAGGAGAAAAAGUGCUGGACAUGUCCUUCAAACAGCAAAAGGGUCAGCCAGGAAAAUAUAAAAAAGAGCCUUCAACUAAAACGUUAAGUUAUAAGAAAGAAAGUGAAAUCAAAUAUAAUUUAAGUCAUAAAGAUAAGUUUUCUGUUUCUCCAUUCUUUUCUUUGGAAACGAUACCACUUAAAAAAUUAAGCAUUGUCCAUUCGAGUAAAUCUCAAGAUAAGGGAAAAGGAAGUGUUAGGACAAUAGAGCAAGUCAAGCGUUCAGCUAAAGGUGGCCAGCAGGUUAAGCCAAAAUUCUUUUCUCUUAUUAAUGUUCCAGUUCCCAGCAGAAAUCAGCAGACACCUUUACAAAUAAGUGUGGAUAAAAAAACUAUAGUGAAUAUCAGUCCACAAGUACAGUCAGGGGUAUACAUGAGUACUAAGAAGUGUGAUCACACAAGAAGGAAAGAAGAUCCACCAUUGAUUGUUCCUGCAAAGAAAAGCCUUCAAGGACAAAAAUUGUUUCAAACAAACAAUCUCAAUUCAUUGUGUGCCUAUACUCCUACUUGUCCUAAAAGCCAGAAAAACAGAUUCACUGUAACAAAUCAGAAAAGAGAACUGAAACCCAAAUAUUCAACUAUGAGAAUCCCAAAGCACCCAAUUUCAAAGAUUCCUGGUAUCAUAGGACUGGGUAGUCCAAGCAGCAAGUGGAAAUUAGACUAUGCCUUCAACAAACCAAAAACCAUGCUUCCGAGGAGUACAGAUACCUCUUCAGGAAUCAUUACCAGAAGUCUUUGUGUUUCCAUGAUAAAUCCACCUCACAAUGAAAGGCUGGUUGAAUCAAAAAAAUCAAAAACAAACUCAAGAAGGGAAAUGAGAGUCUGUCACUCUGAAUUCCAGGACAAAUUACCAGAUGCUAUAAAAAUCAAGGAUAUCUUAAUACAUAGAAACUCACUUAACACUAUAGAACCUCAUUUGAGAAGAACCAUGAGAAUAAAUAUUCCAUCUCCAAGACUACAGCCACUGUCUGAGACCCCACUAUUUGAUAAGAUUAGAGAAUGCACCUUGCUCUCAAAGCAAGGGGAAGCUGCUCCAGGAACUGUGCCCACAACAUUUCACGAUAAAAACAAUGAAAACAAAACACUUGUAGAACAUUUGUUUCCCAUUUAUGAAAGGCUUAAAAGUGUCUUUGAAGUCCCUGUAGAAAAUAAGAUACAAACCCAAGUUCUUUCUGAAAUACUGGAGGAAGUGGAAGCCGUCAAGGCUGGUGAUGCAAAGGCACUUCGCUUGCCAGACAGUCCAGACACAUCAUCAAACAUAUGUGCCACAUUGCAACAUACACCUCUUUUAAAACAGCUUACUCCAGAAUUAAAAAAUAAGCUUACUAUGCAUUUAGUAUCCAAAGCAACUGAGAUAAAACUGAAUCAGAUACCAGAGAUGGUGAACACAUCUUUACAGAAGUGUGAGUCUCACCCCCAAGGGACUAUUUCAGAAGAUUACAGUUACAAGUUUUAUCUUAAACAUAUAAAAAUGAAUUUUAAGUCUCCAAAAGUUGAUACUUCACAUGCCAUCUUAAAGAACAAUUAUGAAAGAGAUUUUCCUCCCCUCAGCUGUGUGAAGACACCAACAACUAGUGUUUCAAGCAGCUAUAAG